ACCAAAAAAAAAACCAAACACAAAAUAAAGCAGCGCCAUACAAAAAGGUGAAAACCUUCCAAAUCCCCUCUUCAAUGGCUUCUUCCUUGGUUUUGCCUUCUCCUUCUUCAGCUUCAACUUCUUAUUCUACUCCUCUAUUUUCCUCUUCUCGCUCUUUUCUCACUCAUAAAAGCUUCGUUCCCAAACGAACCCGUCUUCGGACCUCUGUUAAUUGUGAAAUAAGUGAACCAGUGAAUGGGAAGCCUCGCGUGCCAAUUAUCAAUGAUGGAACACUUCCAAAGUUCUUGCAAGCAAGUCGCCUGCAGAAUUCAGUUAGUAGAAACAAUAAUAGGCUGAAGAUAUUCACUGGAACUGCAAAUCCUUCGCUUUCUCAGGAAAUUGCUUGGUACAUGGGCUUUGAGCUGGGAAAGGUCAAGAUCAAGCGCUUUGCUGAUGGUGAGAUUUAUGUUCAGUUGCAAGAGAGUGUUCGAGGCUGUGAUGUCUACUUGGUUCAAUCCACAUGUCCUCCGGCCAAUGAAAACCUUAUGGAGCUUCUGGUAAUGAUAGAUGCAUGCCGAAGGGCUUCUGCCAAGACAAUUACUGCAGUUAUUCCAUACUUUGGAUAUGCCAGAGCUGAUAGAAAGACGCAAGGUCGUGAAUCCAUUGGCGCCAAAUUGGUUGCGAACCUUAUAACUGAAGCAGGUGCGGAUCGUGUUUUGGCUUGUGAUCUGCACUCUGGGCAAUCCAUGGGUUACUUUGACAUUCCAGUGGACCAUGUGUACUGUCAGCCUGUUGUCCUUGAUUACCUUGCUAGCAAGAAAAUUUCGUCUGAUGAUUUGGUAGUGGUCUCUCCUGAUGUUGGCGGAGUUGCUAGAGCACGUGCCUUCGCAAAAAAGUUAUCUGAUGCACCUUUAGCCAUUGUGGACAAAAGGCGGCACGGACAUAAUGUAGCUGAGGUUAUGAACCUGAUAGGUGAUGUUAAAGGAAAAGUUGCAGUUAUGGUGGAUGACAUGAUUGACACCGCAGGGACUAUUGCCAAAGGUGCAGCGCUAUUGCAUCAGGAGGGCGCACGUGAAGUUUAUGCAUGUUGUACUCAUGCUGUUUUCAGCCCUCCUGCGAUUGAGAGGUUGUCAAGUGGCCUUUUUCAAGAGGUCAUCGUCACAAACACAAUUCCUGCGAUAGAAAAAAACUGUUUUCCACAGCUGACUGUUCUUUCAGUUGCAAAUCUUCUCGGUGAAACAAUUUGGCGAGUGCAUGAUGAUUGUUCUGUUAGUAGCAUUUUCCAGUAGGUAGGAGAGAUACUAGCAACCCCACAGGUUACUGGAGCACUUGUUUAGCUUCUGUUUUUUUUUGUUCCUUAAAUCAUCUUACCUCAUUUUGCUCUUCCAUCAGUUGACGCCUCCAUUGGCAUAUGCAUCUUUCCUUUACCUUAGAGGUGACUGACAUGCAGAGUCAACAUAUUCUUCUCUCUUUUUCGCUCGUCUACAUUAAGUCCUACAUUUUUGUUCUUCUUAAGUUAGAUAGUUGGAAGGAUAGGACGAUGGUAAGCCAUGUGCUUAUUUUUUCAGUUAGGAUUGAUUCAUGCCCUGAAAUCUGAAUCCUGAAAAUGCUGCUGUGACAUUAUCCCUCGUCUUUGCCAAAGAUCGAUAUGAAGCUCCUGUCCGAGCCUCAGGCAGGUCGAUAUGAAACUCCUAUCCAAGCUUCAGUUCCUGCCUGAAUUUUGACUCUUGCCACACCUAUGGAGCUUUGUUUUACUAUGGCAUUUAUUUGUUUUAGUAGAAACUGGUCCAGUGAGAACUAUUGGAAGGACAGACAAGUUGGUUGUAAUGUCAUGUGCCUGAAUAUUUGUUCAGAACUUCUUGUUAUUUUGGCCAAUGCAUGGACGAGCAAGAUAACAACCGUCCUCUAUAACAAUAUUUUUGCUAUAA